AUGCCAACUGGGCCUCUCGACUAUCUCGAGCAUGGCUUCGCAUUUAACAGCAUCGAAGAAGCGCGCAACGACGUCAACUCAUCUUACAACCUUUCUCCACCUGACGAUGACUACCUCGAGAUCUGUGGAGAAGAAAACCAUAAAGCUCUCGUUUACGAUCUUUGGCAUGCGAUCAUGAGGCAUGCGAAGCGCGAUGUGAAGGAGGAAUCGCGAAGUCCUGCUCCCGUCAAUAUUGAUCCUGCGGCUUGGAGAGCGUUUCAAACCGAUCAGGAUCAGAAUUUGGGAAAGAUAGUGGGGAAAGAUGAGAAUGGGGAGGUUGAGGCGGAGAGGAGAUGUUGGGUUAUGCUUGACCAGAUUCUUGAAGUUCAUCGGACCGGAGCCAGGAAAUCCAAUUUCUUCGGUCCUGCUGAGAAAUGGGUGCUGAAGUUUUCGGAGAGGUUGGAGAGGGUUGUUAAGGCUAUUGAGAACCAUUCGAUCAUUGCUAUUGAUGUGCUGAGAGGGCACAAUCUACCUGAGAUUGCAAUUAUGACUGAUGCGUUCGUGGAAAAGAGGGUCGGGUUGCAGCUUGGGAUUUUCAUGGGGGAAAGGGAAAAUGGGAACGGAGGAUGA